AUGAUUGUCAAAGAAUCAAGAUGGGACCAGCGAGGCAAGCGUCCGGCCAGAAUCGCCAACGUGUCAGGCGCCAGAACCGACCCCGGGUACCAUAUGCGUCGACAAGCAGAAUGGGGUGACGUUGAUUUCUUGACAGGCGACUAUCUCGCGGAGAUCAAUCUCCCAGAAAACAAAAAGGGAAUGGAUGCCGGCCUGCAUGACGGCUGGGAACCGACCUGCUGGGACGGCUUCAUGCAAACCAUUGAUCUGAUCGCUCAGAAGGAGCUGAAGGUCAUUGUCAACGGAGGAGCUCUAAACCCUGGAGGCCUCGCAGCCAAAGUCCAGCAACUGGUCAACGAAAAAGGCUACUCCCUCAAAGUCGCCUACCUGUCCGGCGACGAUCUGACCGAGGAAACAAAGGACCAAAUCGCCCGCACGGGUCAAAUCCCCGCUCAUCUGGAUUCUAACAAUCCCGACGUCAAGGUCGAAAAGCUAGCUGUUGCCCUCCAGGACUACCAAUCCAGACCCGUGAUCACUUCGCACGCGUAUCUUGGGGCGAGGGGGAUUGUUGGGGCACUAGACGGCGGCGCGGAUAUCGUCAUUGCCGGCCGAGUCGCCGACGCUUCUCCAGUGAUUGCUGCCGCCUGGUACUGGCAUCAAUGGAAGCCGACAGACUACGACCAACUCGCGAGCGCCCUCAUCGCGGGCCACUUGAUCGAAUGCUCGGCAUACACGACAGGCGCCAAUUUCGCCGGAUUCGACCAGUUCGACUUGGACCUGUUGGUAGACCUUCCCUUCGGCAUCGCCGAGGUGGCCAAAGACGGAACUGCGGUCAUCACCAAGCAUGAAAACACCGAAAAGGGCGUCGUCAACGCAGACACCAUCAAAUGCCAGUUCCUCUACGAGAUCCAGGGCGCCAUCUACCUGAACAGCGAUGUUUCGGCCGACACGACCAACAUCGUCAUCAGGGACGUGGGCAAGAACCGUGUCGAAAUGUCGGGUAUCAAGGGCUACCCGCCGCCUCCGACGACGAAGCUCGCUGUCUUCUACGACGCAGGGUAUCAAUGCCAGCUUUUGGCCAACGCGGCUGGAUACGCGACGGACAAGAAGUGGCAGUUGUUCGAGAAGCAGAUGCGGUUUUUCCUCAACGAGAAGGGUGUGUUGGAUCAGUUUGACCACCUCGAAUUCCAGAUUGUGGGCGUUCCGGAACACAAUCCGCGAAGCCAACUCCGCAGCACGACGUAUUGUCGUGUCUUUGCACAGGCUCCGACAGAGGAGCCAGUAGCCCAAAUAUUCUCUGCCUGGGCAGAUCAUACCCUCUUUCCAACCAUCAUCAUUGUCCGAUCCAUUCUGAUAUCAAAUCCAGGACUACACUGGUCGCUCGACUACCGCACGGCGCACCCCAAGCCGUAUAUCUCCUUCUACCCGGGCCUCUACGACCAGACCGCUCUCAAAGAAGCCGCGCACAUUCUCGGCCCCGACGGCAAAGUCACCCAGACCAUCCCCGCGAAGCUCCCCGCCGAGUUCUACCACCUCGAGCGCCGGAUCAACUUCGACGCCACGCCAUACACCCCGCGGAACCCGGCCGGUCCCACGCGCACCGUCAUGCUGGGCGACAUCGCCUACGGCCGCUCCGGCGACAAGGGCGCCAACUGCAACUUCGGCAUCUACCCGCGCAACCCGGCGCACUGGGACUGGUUCCGCGGGUACAUGUCGCGGGCGAAGCUGCAGGAGCUGAUCGGCGACGACUGGCGCGACUCGUACUUUAUCGAGCGGAUGGAAUUUCCCGAGAUCAAGGCCGUGCAUUUUGUCGUCUACGGCAUCCUCGGGCGGGGCGUGUUGGCCAGCACCUUGCUCGAUUCCCUGGGGAAAGCGUUUGCCGACUAUAUCCGGGCGAAAACGGUGGAUGUCCCUGUGGAGAUUUUGGAGCUGUAG